GAGGGCGGUGUGGGGAGCGGGGCCGGGCGCGGAGCCGCGGGAGAGCCGGGCAGCACCUUGCGGCGGGCGGAAGUUUGUGCCCAUUGACUCUUGUCCUGUUGCUGGAUACCGCCAAGAGGAGCCUUGUUCCAUCUUCUUUACACCUCCAUCAGUAACGGCCUCCUCAACUGAAGAUGUCUAACAAUGGAGUUGAAACGGAAGACAAACCGCCUGCUCCUCCAAUGAGAAAUACCAGCACUAUGAUUGGAUCAGGAAGCAAAGACCCUGGGACUUUAAACCAUGGCUCAAAACCUUUGCCUCCCAACCCAGAAGAAAAGAAAAGGAAGGAUCGAUUUUACCGAUCUAUUUUACCAGGAGAUAAAACCAAUAAGAAGAAAGAGAAAGAGCGGCCGGAGAUCUCCCUCCCUUCAGACUUCGAACACACAAUUCAUGUGGGGUUUGAUGCAGUCACGGGAGAAUUCACAGGAAUGCCAGAGCAAUGGGCACGUUUACUGCAGACUUCCAACAUCACCAAGUCAGAGCAGAAGAAGAACCCCCAAGCGGUGCUGGACGUGUUGGAGUUUUACAACUCCAAGAAGAUCUCCAACAGCCAGAAGUACAUGAGUUUCACAGAUAAAUCAGCAGAGGAUUACAAUUCAUCAAAUACAUUGAAUGUGAAAGCUGUCUCUGAGACCCCUGCAGUGCCCUCAGUGUCUGAAGAUGAAGAUGAUGAAGAUGAUGCAGCUCCACCCCCCGUGAUAGCUCCACGACCUGAACACACAAAAUCUAUAUACACCCGCUCUGUGAUAGACCCUCUUCCUCCUCCUACCAGAGACGUGGCCACUUCUCCUAUUACUUCUCCCUCGGAAAACAGCACAACAGCGCCCGACAUGCUGGUCAGGAACACGGAGAAACAAAAGAAAAAGCCAAAAAUGUCAGAUGAAGAGAUACUGGAAAAAUUAAGAAGUAUCGUGAGUGUGGGUGAUCCAAAAAAGAAGUAUACGAAUUUUGAGAAGAUUGGGCAAGGAGCCUCGGGUACAGUUUACACGGCAAUAGAUGUAGCUACAGGACAGGAGGUUGCAAUCAAACAGAUGAAUUUGCAGCAGCAACCCAAAAAAGAACUGAUUAUUAAUGAAAUCCUUGUGAUGAGGGAAAACAAAAACUCCAACAUUGUCAACUACUUGGACAGUUACCUUGUAGGAGAAGAGCUCUGGGUGGUCAUGGAGUAUUUGGCAGGAGGCUCCCUAACAGAUGUUGUGACAGAGACCUGCAUGGACGAGGGACAAAUCGCAGCUGUGUGCCGGGAGUGUCUCCAAGCUCUGGAAUUCCUACAUUCAAACCAAGUUAUUCACAGAGACAUCAAGAGUGACAACAUCCUGCUGGGAAUGGAUGGCUCUGUCAAACUAACUGACUUCGGCUUCUGUGCUCAAAUCACUCCUGAGCAGAGCAAGCGCAGCACCAUGGUGGGGACCCCCUACUGGAUGGCACCUGAAGUGGUGACGCGGAAGGCGUAUGGGCCCAAAGUGGAUAUCUGGUCGCUGGGGAUAAUGGCCAUCGAGAUGAUUGAAGGAGAGCCCCCCUACCUCAAUGAGAACCCCCUGAGAGCCCUGUAUCUCAUCGCUACUAAUGGGACUCCAGAGCUGCAGAAUCCAGAAAAGCUGUCACCCAUAUUCCGAGACUUCUUAAAUCGCUGUCUUGAAAUGGACGUGGAAAAGAGAGGUUCUGCAAAAGAGCUGCUACAGCAUCAGUUCCUGAAAAUUGCAAAGCCUCUAUCUAGUCUCACUCCUCUGAUUAUUGCAGCUAAAGAGGCAGCCAAGAACAACCAUUAAAGUGGUGAAGUCAACACAGUCAUCGUGUCAAGACUUUUAGAUGUUCAUUUCAGAGACUGAAUUACCUGCCCCUCUCCCCUUCUGCUCCUUCUUCACAGGGGUGUUCUUAAAACUUUGACUGCCCUGAAGGGUGGCAGAGGUAUUAUUCACUGAAUGUGAAAGGGCACACAAGAGGGACAUGGCUGAUCUUAUGUAGUGAACUGUCUUUCCAUCCUCGUGAUGGGGAUGGGAGGGGAAGAAUAUUUUGUAUGGUUGAGAAGAUCUUUCUGAGAAUGUCUGAAUAUGACCUACACAUAGUGAAGCCAGUUUGUUUUCAUAUUUCUUAUUGUGUUUAUUUUUAAAAAUAAUGUGGAGCCUUAGACCAUGUUUAUCUUAAUAAAUUAAAUCUUUUGCUGGCUGCACUUUUCCUGCUUCUGCCAAGCUGCUAUUACACCACCAAGGCUGCUCUGUGCUUUGGAUGACUUGAGGAGGGAAGGAAGCAGGCAGCAGCAAUGUGAACAGCUGUAACAACUGAGAGGGGAACAGGGAUGUGAAGGUGUAUCUCUCUUGCAGCACUGCUGGAUGUUUCGAGGGAGCAUGGACAAAGCCUCUGUGUACUUUCUGCAGCCAUUGGAGAACUUAAUUCAUGGAUGAUCUCUUUGCCAAUUUGUGUGAAUUGGGCUCCCCUCCCACUUCCUCUUUAGUGUCAACUCAACUAAUUAAACACAUCUCAGAAAUCUCUGUUUUAGAAGGUAAAUCACAGGAAAAAAAAUUGACAGAGAGCUCUUUUGAGGUUAUUUUAUUGUGCUGUGAGGUUUUUAGAGACCCUUGCCCUGUAUGCUAAAGCAAACCGAGCAAUUACUGUUCUAAAGAUAAGAUUGGCCUGCAAAAUAUGUUAAAAACUCUUGUUUCUUAGAGCAAGUCCAAUGGAAAACAAACUCAUCAUAGAAGCUGCUUUCUUCUUGGAGAUGUGGGGACAUGAAUUUUUUUAAAAUGAUGGUUUCUUUAUGCUACUGAUACCUUUGGUUGCUAAUAGUUUGUAAAAAUACCAGGAAACCUGGAACUACUAGAAGAGGGAUUGGUUGUAAACACUGGGCUUAUGUUCGACUAUGUACUGAAUUUUAAUAAAACGACUGCUGUGUUUCUUAACUUGGGGCUGGGAGAGAACUGGAGAAUUCCUUGUCACCAGGCAAGUCUGUUGGAGGGGCUGUUGCUUGUACGGUCAACGGGCGCUUGAAUGUUUUGGAUGAAGUAAUAGAACCUUGUUUCUUACCCCAUCUUCUGUAGUCUUUUGGAAUAGCAAGUGGCUCCCAAGGGAGUAACUUUACACAUAGAAAAAAGGGAUAAAAAAAAUGUGUAUUAUAACUGGGGAACCUGCUUUCUAUGUGCUGCUUUGGUCAUGCAUGGGGUGAGUUUAAACUGUUCUGGAAUAACCUCUCAUCUCUUUCCAAAGCACUUGUGUUGCACAAAAAUUCAUUCCUUCUUCUUGCUGAGACCUGCUGCUGGCUCAGCCCUUUCCUCCCUGCACCUGGGGUUUAAUUAAAUAUAUUUUUCCUAUUGGCUCCACAGUACAUGACAGCUCUUACAUCAUCUUUACUGGGUGUAGAUAGUUUGUGAGCUCUUUUGCUUCUGAGGGGCCUUCUGCUUUGUGCUGCAAAGUGGUUACUGUUUGACAUGAGGCUGAAGUGUGAAGUCUUGCCCCAGUCUGCAGCCUCUCUCCCUGUUAUGUAUAUGUAUUUCGUCUCCCUGUAAUAGUAAGUUUCCUCUCACAAAGCUUGUAUCCAAGGAUGCAUUCUUCUGACAAAACACUGGAACUGCCAACCUGGAGAGGGAUAUGAUGUAUGGAAGAGCAUGACAUUGAUUGGAGCUUAGGUGGAGAUUGCAGAAGGAAUGCUAUUACCAUUAAAUAAUUCCCUUUGAUAAGGACCUUUGCUUAUAUUUCCUCUGGAAGACUCAAGAUGGCAUAUAUGGGAAGAAAAGAAUAAGUGGCUAGAUAUCUCUUGCUAUAAAAUCGCAUAGGACUGGUCCUACAAAUUUGGCAAAUGACUUUUUUUCUGACAGCAUUUGGUUAAAUUUGAUCCACAAUGUGUUUAAUUUCUCUUUAAUUCCCUUCUCUACUCCAUCCUCUGCAUCCCAUUGAUUGAGAACUUAAUGCCCAUGUGCCCCACCUGUAAGCAUGCACUGGAGCUUAUAUUUCUGCAGUGAGAUUUCUGCUAAAUUUCCCUAAAGGUAGAGGAGGUUAUUUGUGUAUGUUUUAAUAAUCCUCUGGAUUCUCUGUUGCACAAUGGAAAGGGAUCCACGCGAAUGACUGUUUAUGCUUCUUACACUGGUGAUGUGCUUCUGUCUUGUUGACUUCCACGUUGAAUCGGUCCUGCCUGGUUUCUGUUAGCUGCUUGAGAAAGGGGUUGCUUAAAGCCUUUCUUUCUCCACUGGGAAGCUGCAAGAGUGUGAUGGCCAUGCAUGUGUGUCAUCUUGUCCCAGGCUGUUUUUUCCCCAGUCAUGAUGGGUGGGUAGGUGGGAAGAGGAGGCGAUUGCUACAGUGUGCCUGGACCUAGUUUCCAGUUACCAGACACAUCAUGUUUUGUUCUCAGAAAAUCUUAAAAAAAUUUUCUAGCUACCUUAAUCUUAGGAGAAUGGGAUUAUUUUUUCUAUUUGUUCUGAAAUGCAUCCUUUCCUUCCCUUUACCUGUGAGUCGCUUGGCACCAGCACCUGUGUUAGCUUUCAGAGUCCCCUGUGGCAUGUUCCUUUCUACAGAGGGCUCUUAAAUAGCAACUCUCUGACUUAGAAGUUAACCUCUGGGGCUUAUUUUUCUGAAAAUAUCUUGUCUCUGCUGUUAUUUGAAAGCAACUCCAACUGCACAACUUCUUUGGUGCCUUUGCUGGUUUUUUUUUACCCCCUUUCUUUAUUAACUGAUUCACCUGAGUUGAAACCAUUUUUAAUCACAGCCCUUAAUUAUUUAUUUGCCUGCUAAUUUUGAAGUCUCUCUCCUCUAUUAGAACAUUAAAUAUUCAGUUGUCUGAGUGUCCUUUUGGAAAACUGGUUUCCUUUUUGAAGGAUCUCAAGCAAUCCUAUACCAGAAAUGAUUUCACAUUCUACAGUUUACAAAGGGCUUGGUGAAGGGAAAGGCUAAAACUCAUCCUCUUUUCCUAAAUACAAUGAUUGUCUUAUUUAAGUAUCAAUUGGUAGCUUCAAUAAGACUUUUCCUGUAUUUCAAAAAUGGGCAUUGAUUUUUAUUACUUCAGCUUUAGGGUGGUUUUUUUUUAAACAAACAACUGAUUUGGAGUUCGCUUGGGGCCAAGAGUUUGUGUGUGAGGAGGGUAUGGAGACCAUGUGGGAAGAAGGCAGAUUAUUUGGACAACACUCUCAGGCACAUGGUGUGAUUCUUGGAGAUGUCCUGUGCAGGGCCAGGAGCUGGACUCAAUGAUCCUUGUGCGUCCCUUUCAGCUCAGGAUACUGUAUGAUUCAAUGGGGCUGAGAGUGAAGAGGCGGGGCAGGGGUGGAGAGGACAGCAGAACUAGCUAGUUGCAGCAGCAAUAGCACACCUUUAGCCAUCCCUAAAAUGUCUUCAUUGAAUGGAUGUGUUUUCAAAGGACAUAAAUCUGACUGAUGAGUCGUUACAGGUUCUUCACUAGGCAGGCAUUAUGCUCCUACCACACUGCCUUCCCCUUCUAAACAAAAGGGGUGCAGGGAUUUCUCCAGCAAGGAGGCUUCUUGAGAAAGGAGGUUUCCAUGGAGACACUUACUUGACUUAAAGUAUCUGGUUAGGGCUCGAGAAGAAGCUUGGGGGGUAAACACCAUCGCCACAAAAGCCACUGUUUUGCAAAGGAACUGCUGCAGUGUUUUGUUGCCAACUUGAUGCCUCUUUUUAGGGGUUGGUUUUGAAAAAGUCCUGAGAAUGUUGCCUGGUUAGGAAUGUGAGGUGCGUAAAAGCCUGUCUCUUCUUAGCUGAGAUCUCUGUUAGUAUCCUAAUCCAUCUGUCUCUCAAAAUGCGGCGGGUUGGUGUAAGUAGGGCACAUUUGCAGCAGGGUACUGUGCAAGAAUGGAUUGCAAUGGUCUCUAGUAGGUACUUGCUUCCUUAGAACCUGCACUCCUUGGCUGACAGCAAAAUUGGUCCAGACCAGUUUCCAAGAAUAAUAUUUGUUUAAACCCCAUUCCUAAUACAGAGCUUGCAUAGUCCAUUUGUAUGGUGAAUGGCAACAUCUUCAAUGUUAAAAUUGUUAAAAGUGAAGCCAUUCUCCAUUCAUCUUCCCACCAAAAAAUGAAACUUUUUAAUGGCUUCUUAUUUCAACUGAGAGAGCCUGUAGAUGUAUUUCGGGGUUGAAAGCCCAACUGGAUGAAGUGUAUGCAUAAUGAAUGCUCUAGGAUCUCAUAGUUUGUUGCUAAUGACAACUCACAGUGGCAAAGAUGGGAUCUUGGGGAAGCAGCUGCCAGCUUUGACAGGGAACGGUCAACAAUAACAGAACUGCAGUACAGAUGAGAGCUGGACAGAAACUUGCUGCCAGAAUGGAACCUGCAGGGAGCAGUGGGAAGCAGAUAGAGUUGGCCCAAGGGGUAGGAUGAAGCAAGGUUUAAAACUUCAGUUACACAAUUGCUGAGGAAAUUCAAGGAGUGCCACAGCAGCCUGCUGCAUCUCAAGGCAGCAGCAUCUCUGAAGGAGGAGAGCAGAAAGGAGCCUAGGAAAGGAAAAGAUACUGGAAGUGGAGACAGGAGCAGCAACAUGGCUCUGAGUCACAGCCCGACAAAAUUUAGCUGAAAAGGAAAAGUGGGAGGUAGAAUGGAAGAGAUGGCCUUGAUGUGCCAAGGAACUGAAGAGAGAGGCCAGAUUUCAUGGGUAUGUGAAAUGGCAGAAAUGAAUUUAAUUCAGGCUUCUGUGGAUGACAAGCAGCUUGUUCCCUUCUGCCUUGCAGCAUCGGCACAGUGUCUUUUUGAGAUCAGCACGCUUUGGGAUCAUGUCAGCAGCUGCCCAGCUUUGGUUUUGUGUUUGUAAAGAAGGCUUUUUGCUCUGACUGCAGCUUUCUGCUGUUGGUAGAUGUCUUUGUGUCGUGUCCCAUCUGGAAAUAAGGGGCUGUUGCAGUUUUAAAAUCUGUUGGAUAAUGUAUUUCUCUUCAUGCUGUCUUGGCGUAACUCUCCUGUACUGCUGGGUUUGUUUAAUGUGCCAGGUCAGCUCAGCCACUUUAAAAAUAGAAUUGAAACCUUAAAUAAAACCUUAAUUAAUUA